GUAUGAGAUCCGGGACCCACACCUGGUGGAGGAACAUGUCCUGCAGAUUCUGAAGGAGAGGGCCGACUUUGACAACUAUAAGCCCCGGCCCUUCAACAUGCGCGAAUUCUACGACCGAACAGGCCACGACAUCAAAGACAUGCUGCUCUCCUGCUACUACCGAGGCAUGGAAUGCAGUGCCGAAGACUUCAAAGUGGAUGUGACUGAGAACCAUUGUGUACACUCACAGGCCAAGGGCCACUGA